UUGGUGGUGUAAGUACACUAAAACGGUAUGCCGACAGGUACUCACCAUAAAAGAAGAAAGUUGUGAAAACCUUCAUGGCGGGCACUUAAAUCACCUGACUAGGAAACAUGUUGAGACACGUCCUGCUAUCGAAAUGCAAGUAUCCGGAGCAUAUUCAUAAUAUAUACAUGUAGGUAACAGUCUCAUAUAACACUUGGUGUAAGGACAUUGCAACGAUGUUCCUUCUUAAACGUUUGCCAUCCGCUGGAGACAUUUCUGUCCGGAUGCUUCAGUACACCUCCCUCACUUUCGGUUUUUUGUCAGCCAGUCAUCGUCUCAGUUCCCGCAGGGGACCGAGUCCGUACAGCUUAGUCGACAGUGAACGCUACAUUUCUCUUGUUAAGUCUGUCGUGUCUUCGAGGGUCACUUCUCAAACACCCGAGACAAUUAAAGCUGAGGAUGAGCACAUGUUCGGACCUAUUGUCAAGGCUGCGUCAAAACCAGAGACCAGGCUCCCUAAAACCAUGCAUCCAUUCUUGCACUGUGAGGACACUCCAGAGACACUGGAUUUCGAGUCAGGACCUCCAAUCCGGAUUGUAUUCAACCGGGAUCAAGGCAGGUCGUCAAUACCGAGUGUGACCAGGAUUCUUCAGGCAACACUUUCAUCAGAGCAACUCUUCUACCUUGAGAGAUGGAAGAAAAGGAUGGUGGCAGAACUCGGGUCGGAAGGCUUUAAAGAAUACACAAAAAAUUUGUUUAGACAAGGGAAACUAUUCCAUUCCGCCCUGGAGGAGGUUCUAAUGGCAGGGAAUGACAGACCGCAUGCACCACAUCCAACUGAGGUAUUGGGAUACAUGGAGAGCAUCUCUCAUAUACUGGAAGAUGUCAGUGCUGCAAGAGCUAUUGAGAGCACUGUGCAGCAUGACACUCUUAACUAUUUGGGAGUUGUGGACUGUGUGGCCCGCUACAGAGGGGUUCUAUGUGUUAUUGACUGGAAGACUUCAGAUAAGCCAAAACCAUUCCUGAGCAACACAUACGACAACCCCAUUCAAGUGGCAGCCUAUGCAGGAGCCUUGAACAAUGAUGGAAAAUACAAAUACCAGGUGCAAAAUGGCCUCAUUGUUGUUGCUUACAAGAAUGGUUCACCCGCCCACGCACACAAAUUGAACUCUGAGCUUAUGUCAGAGUAUUGGGAAAAGUGGUUGAUUCGCCUGGAAGAGUACAUAGAAAAGAGAUCUAGUGAAGUCUCCUCUGUUUCUUCAUAGAGAAGGUGAAUCCAUUUUUUGCAGACCGUUGAACAUAAACCCAGUUAUGAUGACCAUUUUUUGGUUAAUUCCACCAGUUUUCUGUACACUAAGAGUGUAUAAAUGAAAACUUUAUUUUCCAAUGAGUUAAGAGGUUAAACACACUACUAUGUUGUCUUUGAUUACUUUAUUUUCCAUCUGUGUGCAAACUGAACCAACAUGUUUAAAGUAUAAAAUCAAGAAGGCACACAAUUUUCCAAAUAGCAUGAAAAACUUGAAAAAGAUAUCAAUGGAGAAUACCUUCUGCUUGUGGAAUUUGUUUGAGCUGCAAUGUGCAUAUAAUAUAUUGGUACUGGUGUUAUUCAUUUAUCCUGAGGCAGCCACAUUUAACAUAUCUUAUAAAUACUUAUUUUACCCAAAACAUAAGUUGGAUCUUUUGUAUUCCUGUAACUGAUAUUAAUUUUACUAUUUUUUUUUAUUUCUUUGACUCAUUGUUAAGUAAUGCCCUGGAAAUCAAUCAAUAAAG